AUGUUCUCACUUAGGCACAUCCAGUCCCAUAAUGCACUCAUUACAGAUAUCAACGAAUGUUCCGUAGGCAAUGGGGGAUGCUCUCAGCUUUGCAUCAAUCUGCCAGGCUCUUUCGAAUGUCAAUGCAAACCAGGCUACAUAAUGACAUAUGAUAGAAGGACUUGCGAAGAUAUUAAUGAAUGUGUAGCGAAUAAUGGGGGAUGUCAGCAUAUGUGCACGAACACCCCCGGAAGUUAUGAAUGCGCUUGUGAGGAAGGUUUCCGACUAGCCAUAGAUGGUCAUUCGUGCUACGAUGUCAACGAAUGCCUUGUCAACAAUGGUGGAUGUAGCCAACUUUGUCGUAAUGAUGAAGGUGGCCGCCAUUGCGAGUGCUUUGGCGGUUAUGUACUGGGAAAGGAUGGGAAGACUUGCAUGGGUAAGUGCAACAUUCUGAACGUUCCGCUACCGUUGUUUUGAAA